AUGUUCUCUCCAUCUCUACUGCUCCUGCUGGCAGCUGCUUCCUAUAUGCAUGGUGAGGAACUGACUCAGCCUGCUUCCAUGACAGUCCAGCCAGGCCAGAGUCUCUCCAUCCACUGCAAGGUUUCAUACUCAAUUACAAGCUAUUAUACAGAUUGGAUCCGACAACCUGCAGGAAAAACUCUGGAGUGGAUUGGACACAUCAGUGGUGGUGGGAGUCUCUAUUACAGUGAGAAACUGAAAACUAAGUUCAGCAUCUCCAGAGACACUGCUACUAACACAAUAACAAUUCGAGGACAGAAUCUGCAGACUGAAGACACAGAUGUGUAUUACUGCGCUCGUAAUGCACACACAGUGAAGACCAAGAGCUUUUACUUCUUCUGCUUCAACACACACCAUGAUCUCUACAUCCCUCCUGCUGCUGCUGCUGGCAGCCGUGUUCACUGUGUUGAGCUGAUCCAGACCGGAUCCACAGUAUUAACCCCUGGUCAGUCACUGACUCUGACCUGUAAAGUGUCUGGAUAUUCAGUAACUGAUAGCAGCUACUGUACAGACUGGAUCCGACAACCUGCAGGAAAAACUCUGGAGUGGAUCGGAGAGAUAUGUGGGAGUGGUAGCACUUACUACAGUGAGAAACUGAAAAGCAGGUUUCAGGUUUCCAGAGACACGUCCAGCAACACAAGGGCAGUAUCUCACUUCUCCUGA